UUUAACACACUUAUACAAUCUACAGAUAUCUGCAUCAACACAUAUAUCGAAACUUGGAUGUUAUUACUUUAUCAUUGGAUCUAAAAAUAGACUAUAUGCUGUAGUCACAUGAGGAUGAAGAGGGACAAUUAUACACAACAAGAAUAAUACCACGGACAUUUGAACUUUGUUUGUUGUAUGUUUUGUCGUGGGUUGAUACUCUUAAAGUCACAGCCAUACCCGACUGAAUGGGUGAAUAACACACAACAACCGAAUACAUACAGGAAGCUAUAUAAUUAUAUACCACGAACGAAAGCCAGCUUCCUAUGGCGUCGGCUGAUAUUCGCGAACAGCUUGAAGAUUCCUUCCUCUCGUGUUCCAUAUGUCUUCAGACGUUCAACCGGCCGAAAGCGUUACCAUGCCUUCACACGUUCUGCGCGGAUUGUCUGCGCGACUACGUGACGUCAAGAUACGAUGCCAUCGGCCAUUUCCCGUGUCCGAUCUGUAGACAGAACAUAGCUCUUCCAACAGGAGGUGUUUCCGGUUUCCCCAACAACCAUUUCAUCAUCGGACUUUGUGACGCUGUACACGGGUCUCAAAGGGCCCAUGGAACUCAAGAAGGCGCUUCAAGACCCAAGUGGUCCGGUGAGCGGACACCUCUUCUUCUCGUCGCUCAGAACAACCACUUUGCUGAAGAAAAGCCAAACCAAAUAAUACGCCGGUUCGGACAGUAUGGGAACACGCAGAAUCAGAUGAGACAACCAACGGGGAUCGCAGUGUCUCCAUAUACAGACGACAUUUUUGUGACUGAUUCUGGGUUAAAUACUGUCACAGUGUUCACCGCAACCGGAAACGUGAUUCAUAGUUUUGCGUGCGACUGUUCAGUGCGAGGCGUCGCCAUAACGAGAGGCGGGACGCUACUUUUGGUGGUCAGUAACGCAGGAAACUCACUUCUGCGGGAAUACACCAUUCAUGGGGAACAAUUGGCUAGUUACGGUUCCUUCUAUAGUCAAGAAAAUCCUUUCGGAAUAGCCUUGACCUCAAGAAACCAGGCUGUGGUAACCUCGCUUGGACAGAACUGCGUGCACAUUCUCAAUAGUCGAUUCAAGCCUUCGGUACGUUUCGGCUCUAAGGGCCGAGGUUCAACUCACUUUUCGAUGCCUUAUUAUGUCGCAAUAAACGCCGAUGACGAACUGGUCAUUGCCGACAGCGGAAACCAUCGCAUAAAAAUCCACAAGUUAGAUGGGACUUUCGUGCGCGAAUUCGGAAAACAAGGCUCGAAAGUCGGCGAGUUGUUUUAUCCCAUGGGACUGUGUGUUGACAGGUACAAAAACGUCUUCGUGGCUGACGCCAACAACUUCCGGGUACAGGUGUUCAGCGCGACCGGAAAUUUCAUAGGGACACCGGUGAAGGACACGUUUGAGUACGGACUGGACGUCAAACCCGUCAAUGUAGCGUUCCUUAGAGAUAACGUUUUGCUUGUGAUGCUCAGAGGGUCUCGGUUUUGCGAAAUUCAAGCUUACGUUAUUGAUUCCGAAAAAUAUGCGCCGAAGAAAUCACCUAAAUGGACGGACUGCUUUUGUUGUUGAGCAUUAACAUGAGGCAUAACGUUAAAUCACGCAACGAGAAAAUACACGCAAACGCACUACUAGAGUAACUCUUUGACAAAUCUUAAAAAGGCUCAAGGUUCGAAUGCCAUACUUCAGCGAUAGACCAAUCCUUACACAGACUAACUAUAGUUCAUUGUUUCAAACCAUGGACUAAAUUUUGAAAAGCUUUAUUUCAGCUAUCCGCACUCUUUAUGUUAUAAAGACAACUGCAAACUCUCGGGAUAAAAUAAUGCCCACCAAGUAAAAUCUAAUAUUUUUAACCUUUUGUUAAAAAAACAACGUUUUUUGUAGGAAAACGCCUUAAAAGGUUUAUCAUUAGCUUUGGAAGCUGUCAUCAUUGUAAAGUUUAUGUCAAAAUCCUUAUCAUUUAUGUUGUAUCUAAUUUAAGGCAUUUUUUUGGAUAAUAUGUCAUGAAAUGCGACGAAAUAAUGGUAAAUAAUAUGUUCAGCAUUUCAAAACAAUCACUAACAGCAAUUUAUUUUCACAGGGUGUUCCUGGCAUGUUCACGCAACAGCUUGAAUAAAUACUUUACCAGUUUAGAGCUCAAUAUACAAUGUAAAUAAAUUAAUAUUUUUUUAAACGUCUAACAGGGUUUUGAUUUAAAACAAACUAAAAUAUCAACAGCAGUCCUACUUUUCAUGUUUGGACAUCGACGCAGUGACCGCGUGGGUUUACCGUCUGUCUGUAUACUGAAUGACACAGUGCCACACCCUCACAUGCCGCUCUUAAAUACUAGAUAAGCAAGGGAUAAUGGGUUAUUAAAAGAGUCAUGAGAGUGGCAUUCAUGCCAUGUAUCAGAUGCCAGCAAUUAGCGGUAACGCAUAGUGUAUUUAUUUGCUUGAAACUUUAUGCAGAGAGCAUAUAUGUAUAUAUACCUACUUCCGAGACACCGUCUUUCAUAAGCAUAACAUGACUAUGUGACGGAAAGAAAUACAAAACCUAUACCAAUUAUUUAUCUGACGGUGUAUUUUACUUGAUUUUGCUAUUUACGUAUUUAUUGCACAUCAAUUAAAUGUAGGAGGGUUCUCUGCAAUUUAACACGUCUCUAAACAUAGUUUUCAUGGCGACAUUUCAAACAGUAACAGACACUAAUUUCCGCUUACAAUUGUAUUGAUACGUGUUUUAAAUUGCAUAGCUGUACAAUUGUAUGUCUUAAAAUAGAAGCGCUUGUCGAGAAAAUCGGUCA